GGUCCGAGCUCCCUCGCUGGCAAGUGGGCUGGACCCGGAUGGGGAGACCCGGGAGCCGUCCGGCCCCGCGGAUCGCCCUUUAUUGCUCACUUUAGAGGACGGAGGUGCCCAGUCCUAUGAAGCACACCACUCCUGUCGCUGGCAGGGUCUGGGAGUCAGGGUCCCUGGGUUCUACCCCUCACUCGCACGGACGUUGCGUGACCUAGGCACCCUUUUUUUACCUGGGCCUCAGUUUCCCCAUCCAUAAAAUAGGGGAGGGCUGGAUCUGCCAAGCGCUAGUAUUCCAGAACUUACAGAACUUACGUGGGGUGCGGAAGAGGGGGAGAAGGGGACCUACACGUGACCUCCCCUCGCGGGGCCCCGCCUAUCCCUGGUCCAGGGGAUGGAAGCGCCCAGCGAGGACGGGCGGGGGUGGGCGGAUCCUAAGAAACCCGACCCGGCCGCCCUUGGCAGCGGCUAAGGCUGAGCGCAGCUCGGCGGCCGGCUAGCCCUGGCGUCGGCACCAGAGGAGGAUGGGGACCGCAAACUGGGCUUCGCAGGGGGCCACCGUGGAGGCGAGCGCCGUGCAGAGACUCGGCGUGUGACUCAGAGCGCAUCUGGGAGGAUGGACGAGGGGACGGGAGGCAGCUAACGGAGCUUCCUCUCUGCUCCCGGUCUGCGGAGGCGCACGUCGCGGGUCCCGAGCGGGCCCCGUCGACAGCAGCGGCAGCGCUGAGCUAGUCUCGGGCCAUGAGGAGCGCUCGGACCGCCCAGCCCGGGGCUGUCGUCGGGUCUGGCCGCGCCCUGCCGCGCUGAGGGCGUGAGGCCGAGAGGGGCGCGGGAGGCCGCGCUGCGCCGGAGCGCACCGCCAUGGCGAGGGAGGAGUGCAAGGCGCUGCUGGACGCGCUCAACAAGGCGACAGCUUGCUACCACCACCUGGUGCUGACCGUCGGCAGCUCGGCGGAUUCGCAGAACCUGCGGGAGGAGCUGCAGGAGACGCGCCAGAAGGCGCAGGAGCUGGCAGUGACCACCCGCGCCCGGCUGACGGCCGCGCUGCGCGACCGGGGCUUGGACGCCGAGGAGCGCGCCGAGUUCGAGCGCCUCUGGGUGGCCUUCUCCGGCUGCCUGGACCUGCUGGAAGCCGACAUGCGGCGUGCGCUGGCGCUGGGCACCGCGUUCACGCUGCACGCGCCGCGGCGGCCGCUCGUGCACACGGGGGUGACCGGUGGUGCGGAGAGCAUAGCUGCGCGCGCCCUGAGCGUCCGCAGGCUGCGGCACGAGGCGGAGCGAGACUUCGACGUGAACGACCUGCACGAGCUGGAGCGGGAGAUCCUUCAGGUGGGCGAGAUGAUCCACGACAUGGAGAUGAAGGUCAACGUGCCCCGCUGGACAGUGCAGGCCCGGCUGGCAGCGGGCGCCGAGCUUCUAUCCAGCGCCGGCGUCUCUUCGGCGGGCGGCGUGUCCAUAGAAGAGCGCACGAGGCCCUGCGACCUGAGCAAGGCUCUGGCCGCCACCGUCUUCAGCGCCGUGCUGCUGGUGGCUGUGGCACUAGCCGUGUGCGUGGUGAAGCUGAGCUGACCCGACACCCGACGCCUCCCCGCCGCCACAGCGUCCUCCCCAGGGGUAGCCCUCCGGGAAAGACGGCAACCCGGAUGGAAAUGGGAUCUGGCAUGUUUAAGGGAAGCGGUUCUAAAACCCUGUGUAUGUACGUCUCCACGCGUAUUUCAAGCACACAUCUCCUUGGGCAGAACAUGGUUUCCUCUUGCUGGCCAGGGAAGUGUUAAUUUUGUGCGGGCCGCCGGCGUAUUGCCACUAAUAUAUGCAGGAGCUUUAUCCCCUAUUAAUAGAAAACCGGCCACAGUGACCCCAGAUUCCUCCGAGUUAAUGCGUUACCGCAUGUGCUGCUG